GUGGGGGCGAACGAGGUGACUCGCCGUCGAGAUGCACCAGGUGCCGUAUAGAACGGAACGCGGUGGCACCUCGAGCGAAGGUCCGAACCAUAGGAAUUUUUGGAAGCAACAGCAUCAGCAACAACAACAACCCACUAAACCACCCAAGUACGGUAUUCCCACCCGAGUGCUGCAGCAACAGCAACAACAACAACAACAACAACAACCGUCUCGAUCCUCCCGCAUCCCUGUCCGUACUGUUCGCGGCCGAACGGCGACGCGUCGCCAUUGGUUACGGCGGCACCGGGACGCCGCCGGGCCCGACGUGCUGGUCCGCGACUCCCCGCCGCUUCACUACUCUCUGGGCCGCGGCGCACCGCCGUUUCUCCCGUCCAAUUUGUUGCUCAUAGGACUGGCCCUUUGUUGCCUGGCCCUGCCGGCGGUGCAGCCGCGCCUGAACGGCCACUAUCAAACGUGUCCCGGUUGUCCGCAGCAGCAGACGCAUCAGCAGCAUCAGCAGCAGCAGCACAAUCAUCAUCAUCAUCAUCAUCAUCACCACGUGCAUCACGACGACGCGACCAGGAGCGGCGGCUUCUUCAAGGGCACCACCGCCGCGCCCACCCUGGACGAUCUCAGACUGGAGGCGAUCAAGCAUCAGAUCCUGCAGAAGCUCGGCCUGAGGUCUCGCCCGGACGUUAACAGAACGUUGUCCACCGUGCCCCGGAACCUGGCGCUGCAGACCCUUUACCGGGCGGAGGCGCAAACGCCGCCGCUGCACUCCGACCGGUCGAGGGUCAACGAGAGCGAGCACUCGGCCGAGUUCUCCUACAACGGCGAGAAGUAUUCGUACAAGAACUUAGAUCGAGAGACCACCACCACCGAGGGCAACGCCAGGACCACCGCGAGGUCAUCCUAUCAGGGGUACGACAACGUUCAGGAGGAGCUCGACGAUUUCUACGCCAGGACCUCGGAGAUCAUCACCUUCGCCGAGCCGGGGCACACGUUAAACGGCCAGCCAUUGCUGGAAUUCCCGAUGUCGAGCGGCGAACCGGCAUUGGAACCUCUGAGAAUCAAGAGGGCCACCCUGUGGGCGAGAGUCGAGCUUAAGCACUCUCAUCACUAUCAGCAUCAUCGUCACAAUCAAAUCAACCAAAGAAACAUCACUCUCUGGGUGUUUAGAGUCCAUUGCGGUAACACGACGCAUCUUCGAGGCAAGGAGCUUGGUCAACAUCUGGAGAUGGUAACAUCUCUCGUAAUGAACGUCGGCCAGCUCGGCUGGCAGAAAUUCGACGUGACGAAAGUCGUCAGCAGAUGGUAUACGACGAGCUACUCGAAGGAUAAGCUGACGUUGCUCGUCGAUUGCAGCGGAUGCGGCUCCCACGUCCACGUAUCAACCUUCGACGGGUAUUCACCGCACGUGAUCGAGUCGUCCCUAAAUACAAAAGGCACAGAACACGAUUCGGAUAGGCCGUUUCUAGUCGUGCGUACGGAUCCUGCGGCCGUAAAGCGUGUAAGAAGACGAGCGAUCGAAUGCAGCGGUGCGAUAAAAGGCCAAUGCUGCAAAGAACGAUUCUACGUGAGCUUCUCUCAGCUGGGAUGGGAUGACUGGAUCAUUGCUCCUCAGGGAUACUACGCCAAUUACUGCAGAGGAGACUGCGCGGCCGGUCAUAGGACGCCGGACACGUUCCUCAAUUACUACACCCACGUAAUCGAGGAGUAUCGGAAGAUGGACCAACUGGCCGGCAUGCAACCGUGCUGCGCGCCGCUCAAGUUCUCGCCGAUGUCGCUCAUCUAUUACGGCCCGGAUUCGAAUAUCAUCAAGAGAGACCUGCCGAAGAUGGUGGUGGACGAGUGCGGUUGUCCUUAGACCAAGCGAGAGCGCGCGACGUAGAAAGGACGCUCGUAAGAAAGUUUAUCGUCUGCCAUUUGGCAGUAAAAGUAAUUUGCCCUCCCUAUCUCGGAUACCUCGAUCCGGCAAAUCGAUCCAGAAACCGUCCGAAUUCUACGAUUGUGGGUGAGACUCGUUUCGCGUUGAAAACGAAAAAUCGAUCUAGCGCUGCGCUGCGUUCGAACGAAGGUAGACUCCCCUUCGCUGGGAGAUGCGGUUUUCUGAAAACGAUCGCCCGAGAGUAGACCGGUAUGUGCAAAGAUAGUCAAAAAGGACUAGGUAAUUUUGCUAGAUUUACACGCCACGCUGGAUGCGAUUGCAUUUCGGAUGCGAUUCGCGCGCGCGGCGAUAAAAUAAAAUUGGCCUUUCUAAGGUUCGAGUACGUAGAAUAGAUUUUACCAGGUGUAAUAUAUAUAUAAAAGAAAAGAGAGAAGAAAAGAGACACGGCGUCUCAGUUUCAAAGCGUCGUUUACGAUAUACACACACACAUAUAAAUAUAGAUAUAUAAUAUAUUUAUCUAUAUCCGAUUUAUUUGUACGCGACACCGUAAGAGAAAAUGGUGAGGUACGUGAAAAAAAAAAUAUUCAGAGUCGGUAUUCUUAUCCAAGAGUUUAGUCUUUCUUUAUUGGUUGCGUGAUGAAAGAGAGGAAGAGAGAGAAAACGAGAGAGUGAAA